AUGUCAAACAUAUUAGAUAGAAAUACAUACAUUAAAUAUGAAAUACAGUUGCUACAAUAUAUUGCUUAACAAUAUAAGGUCAAAGAAAACUAUCAUGUAGCUGUUAAAACUAUUAAAUAUUUUAUAGAAUUAGAAUAUAAAUUAGAACCCAGAGAUUCUAUUAGUAUUGUCUCUAGUCGAAUGAGUUUAGAGACUAUCUUGUUCACCUCUGGCCAACAUACGUAAGCUCUCAAUCAAUUGAAUUCCAUAUAGCACUUCAUUAAUCAAAUUCAAGAUUAAAAACCACUUCUCAAACUAACUUUUAUAAUGUACUAUAAGUAUGGUGGUGUUGAGUGGGAACAUUUAGGAUAAUUAUUUUAAUCUCAAAUUAAUCGCUCCUAAUCACUUAAAAUUGCUAAGACUAAUAAAUUCGAUGAACUCCUAUGUGUUAUAGAAUAAGCGAUAAAAAACAUAAAGAAAUCUAAAUGA